AUGAUCAAGAGUAAUGCCUACUACAGCCGCUACCAGACCAAGUUCAAGCGCCGUCGUCAAGGCAAGACCGACUACUACGCUCGCAAGCGCCUCAUCACCCAGGCCAAGAACAAGUACAAUGCGCCCAAGUACCGCCUGGUCGUCCGCUUCACCAACAAGGACAUCAUCAUGCAGCUGGUGACGUCUGAGAUCUCCGGCGACAAGGUCUUCUGCGCCGCCUACGCCCACGAGCUCAAGGCCUACGGCAUCGAGCACGGCCUCACCAACUGGGCCGCCGCCUACGCCACCGGUCUUCUGAUUGCCCGCCGUGCCCUCAAGAAGCUCGGCCUCGACGAGGACUUUGUCGGUGUCGAGGAGGCCGACGGUGAGUUUACCCUCACCGAGGCCGCCGAGACCGACGACGGCGAGCGCCGCCCCUUCAAGGCCUUCCUCGACGUUGGUCUUGCCCGCACUUCGACCGGUGCCCGUGUCUUCGGUGCCCUCAAGGGUGCCUCGGACGGUGGUAUCCUCGUGCCUCACUCGGAGAAGCGUUUCCCUGGUUACGACAUGGAGACCAAGGAGCUCGACGCCGACACCCUCCGCAACUACAUCUAUGGUGGCCACGUCGCCGAGUACAUGGAGACCCUCGCUGAUGACGAUGAGGAGCGCUACCGUGGCCAGUUCGUCAAGUACAUCGAGGACGAUAUUGAGGCCGAGUCUCUGGAGGAGCUGUACCAGGAGGCCCACAAGGCCAUCCGCGAGGACCCCUUCAAGAAGGUUGAGAGUGACGGUCCCAAGAAGACCAAGGAGGAGUGGAAGGCCAUCUCGCUCAAGUACAAGACCAAGCGCCUGACGAAGGCCGAGAAGGAGGCCAACGUGCAGAAGAAGAUUGCUCAGAUCCUUCAGCAGGAGUAA